AUGUCAAAGAUCUUAAAACCGACGAGGCUUGAUCUUGAUCAUAAUGCACCAACUUCUUCAAAAGAAUGGAAGCAUUGGAAACGAAUAUUUGAAAAUUUCAUUGAAGAUUGUGGAGAGGAUGCUCCAGACAAAUUUCGCUCUAUCAUUAAUUUUGUUUCAUCAAAUGUUUAUGAUUACAUUGAAGAGUGUGAUUCCUAUGAAAGUGUAAUUGAAACCCUAGAAAACUUAUAUAUAAAAACCCCUAAUGAAAUUUUUGCAAGGCAUCAAUUACUUGCAAGGCAUCAAACAUCGAGUGAAUCCUUAGAAGACUUUCUUCAGGAACUUCGUAAACUCAGUAAAAACUGUAAUUACAAGGAUGUUUCAGCUGAACAAUAUCGAGAGGAACAAAUAAGAGAUGCUUUUAUUUCUGGAAUAAAUUCGAAUUACAUUCGUCAACGACUUCUUGAAAAUUCAACAUUGAAUUUGCAAUCAGCAUUUAACCAAGCUUGUUCUCUUGACAUUGCACAAAGAAACUCAGAUUCUUAUAUGCAGAAAACAUCCUCCUUUUCCUCCAAUUUAAAUAUUGCUGCCGCUAUAAAAUUACCAAAAGAACCCUCAGCAGCACUCAAUGCUAUGACUAUUAAUCCUCAAACAAAAUGCAUUUAUUGUGGUAAUCCAUCUCACAACCAACGUAAUCAAACCUCUGCUAGGAAAAAUUGUCCAGCUCAAAAUGUAACCUGUUUUAAAUGA